AUUUGGUUCAAUUUCAUGACGAGGAUGCUUACAGUAUUUCUACUGCUCAUACCAACACUUUGGGGGGAUGAAACUGAGGCUAGUGUUCUCGUGGCGGAUACCACUAUGUCAAGAAUGGUGGAAUUAAAUGCGGAUGCGCCCUUCUGUGCCUUGUACACCGAUCGUGGUGUUAUUCAAAAAAUGGUUCUUGGUGCUGACCCGAAAAAAGUCCGUCAAAUGUCAAGCAAUCUCGUAGCAGAUUUGGAAGAAACGUGUAAAGCAUCUCGAGACAAGGGAAAGAAUCAACCCGCAGGAGGUGGACUGAUUUAUCCAGGCACAAAAUGGUGUGGGCCAGGUACUUUAGCGAAAUCGUAUGAUGAUCUCGGGCAUCAUGCAGCCGAGGAUGCAUGUUGUAGAGAACACGAUCAUUGUCCUAUCACUAUAUCACCUAAGGAGUGCAUUCAUGGUAUAUGCAACAACUCGCCUUUCACACGGUCUUACUGUGACUGCGAUGCGAAGUUCCGUAGAUGUUUGCAGAAUGUUAACUCGGAAGUCGCGAAUACCCUCGGUGCUCUUUUUUUUAAUGUGAUACAAGUAAUUUGUUUUAAGGAAAGACGUCCCUGUUCACAAUGGCAAAGUUGCCUUCUAGUUUGGAUGAAUUCGACGCGAUACGAAUAUAUUAAUUCGCCACGAGAUUAUUAUACCUACAAGAUGUUUUUCUACAAGAUGCUACAGGCAAUGCGUGACAUCCUCAAACAGAAACAAUUAUCAUCAUGGUUGCAUAUGAGCUUCGAUUGAAUAAAUGGUUACACGGAAUCGGUAUCGAACCGAUUGUGCUCCCAGUACAAAUUCCGACCAAGCGACAAAUACGUGCCGCUGAUGCCCUUGAACGUGAACUAGCUAUUGCGGAAACGCAAGAAGAACGGACCAGACAGCCUUUGAAGUGAUGCCAGUUAACAGAGUUCUAAUGAGUGGGAUAAUUGUACGCGUUCCUUGCGCGCCCCUUUCUUUCACGCUGAUCCAACUUGUCUGGGAAUCGAACAUAAUGUUCUUUCCCGAUCAUUCAUGAAUUUAUAUUGUUACAGAUCAUUAUUUUUCAUGGAAUGUUAUUUUUCUUCCUGACUUUUACUUGAUAAAAAAGAUUAUCCUCUUCUUGGUAGCUUCGAUCGAUUUUUCUGCAAGAUAUCGGUCUAAAAUAAUAACAAAUAGAAAAUUAGUUUUCGAAAAUUCCAUAGCUAAGAAGUAUCGAAAAAUAUUUUUUAAUAUAUUUUUUAACAAAUGUAAAAAUAUAUCAGACAUUUUUUAUUUUUCUUUUUGGUCUCGAAUGAAGUUAUACUUAAAUAUAAGCAGAUGGAUUUUUUAGUCUUAAAAAAUUAAAAAUUUCUUUCAAAGUUUUCACAAAUAUGAAAAACAUUAGAACUUUUUUCUUUAUUUUUUUGUUUAGUCGUUUUUUCAAUUUUCAAAGUAAAAAAAUGGAAUAAAUAGCACAAGAUGGUCAGCUUGAAAGCAAGAAAUGAUUAUGCAAAUGUUAGUAGUUGUCAUCCUUGUAACAUAAAAGUCAAUACGUAUUGUUAUAAAAAGUUUUUUGUUUUUCACUUCUGUAAUAUGUGAAAUGAAAUUCAGAAAAAUCUCUACAAAUUCUUAAGAAAGAAUCGGUGUGAAAUUUGAAUAAAAACUAUUGAUUUCGAAAGAAUUGCGAAAAAUUUACAUUCGCAAAUGAUUUACGAUUUUACUGCUCAAUAUUACUCUUUUAACGUGUUUGCAACUUUAAAAGUAAUAGUUUAAAUGAUUAAUCUUUUUAAGAAAAGAAAAGGAAGUUACAGAUAUACAUAUAUGAAAUACAUAUAUGAAAUUAAUUUCAUAUACAAUAUGAAAUAAAAACUAUUUGGUAAAUUUAUAUUGAUUAACUGCUAAACUAAAGAUGGUAACGAAGAAAGAGAUUAUAACUAUAAUUGAUUGAGCAAUUGCUUCAUCGAACAUAAAACGAAGGAAGAUUUCACUGGAAUUGUAUCACCGAAACAAGGUUCGCAUUUCUUGCAUAUCAUUCGUCGUUAUUGCAGUCGCGCAAAUAUGCAUGCAAUUGCAUAAAAUUGCGUAGCAUUUUCUACUAUUAUCUUUAGAUUAAGAUUUUUCAUCAAGUUGAUACGGAAUUAAUUAAAAUAUAUUAGAUAUGAUAUCACAACUUUUUGAAUUAAAUUUCAAAUAAAAUAUUAUUUAAUUUGAGAUAUAUAUAUAUUUUCUAAAUAAUGAAUGCUAUAGUAUCAACUUGAUGAAUUUACAACGUACCAAUAAAUUUCACAAUAUCUGCGAUUUUUCUAUCCUUUUUGAUAGCUUUUUAAAUUCAAAAUUUUUAAAUUUUGAAACUCGUACGUUCAACGAACUUUUAUUUGUUUUAAGACAUUUUUUAAAAUCGUUUGUAUGUAUAAAUUAAAAAUUAAUAACAUGUUGCAGCUCAAAUAUGCAAGAAUCAUAUCAAAGAACUUUAUUCAUUCGAUGCAAACUGCUCAAAAUAAUAUGAAAAAUACUUAAUUGAAUAAAAUUUCCUCAUUUAUGUAUGAAAAUAUUUUAUUUGCAAAAUACAUUAAACGGAAAAAUUAAUCAACAAAUUGAUAAAUAUUUCCGCAAUUUCUUAUGAAACAAUAUGGAAAUUUUAACAUCCAAGUUCAAUUAUCAUUUUUCUUAUAAUCAUUACAUAACACGAGUUCAAUGACCAAUCCAAUAUCAAUUAUAUAUGUACAACUAUAUAAUUUAAAACUCAAAAAAUUAAUAUUCAAAUGCUCUUGACUCUUAUCUUGUAAAUUGCAAUUUUUAUUUUAUGAUACAUAUUCUUUUUUUUAAAUGAUAUGAAAAAAUGAUUUACUAAUUAUUUUGAGCAGUAAUCGAAAAAGAAUAAAUGAAAUGAUUAGAAGAAACGAAGAUUCUGCACAAUCUUUACUGUGAUCGAAAUUACUCAGACAUGUAAGCUUGCUAUGUAGUUUAUUAUUACUUAUAGAGUAAUCAUUUGUUAUUUGAGGCUCUUCAUGCUCAAAUAAUUGAUGCGACCUGAGAGAACCGGAAGUUAUCGCUG